AUGUCAACAGUUCAGCCAUCGUCAUCUGUGACAUCGUUUUUCCGACAGCACAUUAUCACUGCGGCUGCAAUUGCAGGAGCAGCAGCUUUUGUUGGCUACUGUAUAUAUUUUGAUCAUAAACGUAGAAGUGCUCCAGAUUAUAAACAGAAAAUCAGAGAAAAUCGCCGUGCUGCUUCAAAAGCUAAAACUUCUAAUAAUUAUGGAGGAACUCGUUCCCUUCCGAAUCUCCGGAACCAAACUGAAAUGCAAGCGUUUUUCUUGCAAGAAGUCCAGUUGGGAGAAGAACUGAUGUCGUCAGGUAAUAUUGAGGAAGGGACAGAUCACAUCUGUAAUGCCAUAACAAUCUGUGGUGAACCACAGCAGCUUCUUCUAAUUUUCCAGCAGACAUUCCCACCCGAACAUUAUGCUCUGAUUACUCAAAAGCUUCCGGAGGCCAGAAAAGUAAGCGCCGAUGUUUUGUAG